AUGUCUUCAUUUCCUACAAUUUAUAAAAACGAAAAUUUAGAUCAUGACAUUAUUAUCACUAAUGAUAAUGAUAGAAUAGAUACAACUAGUCCUUCUAGUCCUUUAUUACCAUCCAAUUUUAAUAGUAAUGCAAAACUUCCAUCAUACUAUCGUUGGUUAAUAUUAUUAGGAUUUUCUUUACUUACAUUAUCAUCAGCAUGUUUAUGGAUAACAUUCGCACCAUGUCUAUACAUAUUUAUGUCAUAUUUUUCCCAAACACCUUCAAGUAUAAAUUCUUUAUCAUCAGUUUAUAUGAUAAUGUUUCCAAUAUUAUUAAUUCCUUCUAUAAAAUUUUUUAAUAAGUACGGAAUAAAAACUAGUAUAAUUUUUGGUGCUUUUUUAAAUGCUUUAGGAGCUUUCUUAAGAUAUUUAGGAACAUUAAAUAAAUCAUAUAUAGGAUUUUGGAUAUUAUUUUUAGGACAAACUAUAGAUUCAAUAGCUCAACUUUUUAUGUUAAGUGUACCUUCAAAAUUAGCGAAUAUUUGGUUUUCAGAAUUUGGUGAACAAAAUUUUGCAACUUCUGUUGGUGUUACGGCUAAUAGUGCUGGUGUUGCUAUUGGACACAAUGCUGUUGAAUGCGAAAGAACCAAUUCAUUAUCGACAACUAAACCUUCAGAUUCCAAUAUUAGUUAUUAUCUGAAUGAUAGACCGUUCAUGAUAUUAACACUAUCUUACGGGAUUGUUACCGGUGGUGAAUAUGCUUUAAGCACUCUAUUGUCCCAAAUGAUAUUACCAGUAUUUAAAACACUUGACGAGGUAACUAUUAUUAAUUAUCAAAAGAAAAAAAAUGAUGAAAAAACAUCACUAAUUCUUUAUUAUCAAAAGAAAAAAAUGAUGAGAAAACAUCACUAA